AUGGCCAAGCCUACACCCACCCAGGAGGAGCUCGACGACAUUCUCCUCUCGGCCCGCUUCGGAGAGGUCGAUGAGAUCAAGGCCUUUGGCGAGCAGUACGGAUGGGACGCCCUCGCAGGCGCACGGGACGAGCGCGGAAACUCGACGCUGCACAUGGCAUGCGGUAACGGACACCUGGAUGUCCUCCAGGUCCUCCUCGAGCACCUCCCCGCCGCGGCGCUGCAGGCCACCAACGAGGCCGGCUCGCCUCCCAUCCACUGGGCCGUCCUCAACAACCACGUCGCGUGCGUGUCGGCCCUCGUCGACGUUCCCGAGGCGCGUGGCGGCGGUAUCCAGCUUCUGCACCAGAAGAACGCUGCGGACCGCGACGCGUUCGCCGAGGCCAUCUUCGCCGGUGAGGGCAAGGAGGAGGUCGCGGGCUGGAUCGAGGGUUUCCUCUGGAAGGCCGAGGGCGGCGACGACAACCCCAACAUCAAGGUCACCGAGACCGAGGACGGCGAGGUCAAGAUGACCGUCGGCGAGGCCGAGGGCAGCGACGACAAGCCCAUCGACAGUGUCAAGGACAUUACGGCCAAGGCCGAGAACCUCGAGGUUGCCGACAAGCAGGAGGCUUGA